GUCUUCAUCAUUUCCACGAGGAUUUUCUUCGACCUUGACGGAAUGGCAGCAGCAGCGCCAAUACCAUGGCAACAGUGGGGCCCUUCGAAUACUCGUCUUUUCCAGCACCCAUAUGAUUUCAAAGGUCACAUUAACGGGAAUCGAGUCCUGCAUGUACACCACACGCGAGAAGAAAACCGGCAUUCCAUAUUACAUUUGAUGGACUUUAGCCCGCUAGCUGUGACAAACAGGCUGGGUCUAGGACGUGUGGUGAAAGAGCCGUCUGCUACAUACAUCUCCUCUACCAGGGAAUUUGGAGAGAUUUUGAAAACAUCCCUGCCUUACGUCCAGGUCGUAUUUACGGACAGAAAGUUCGAUCGUGCUAGUCCAGAGUUGGACGACAUAUGGAUCGACAAGGAUAGGAUUCAUAUACUCAAA